AUACCUAUUCCAUCGCUUGCUGUUUACCGUCAUCCCUGCGAGCUGUCUCAACGAAGCAGCGUUGCGACGCGUCGCUUCGCACUGCUCCGCGGAACACGCUACGCGUUUGGUCCCCGACUAGAAAAGAGGCCGAAACUAAGUGCGCGCCGCCCGAGUGAAAAGAUGGCCACCAUCGCUCAAACUACGGAGGCUCCGCAAACGACCGAGACCGAGGCUCCCAGCGGAGCCCGCGUCGUGCUCAGGCUUAGGAAGCCGGCGGCCAGAAACAGGCGCCACGUCGCCUGGACCGAGGGCACCGUCGAUAACGAGCACAUGAACCGGCUCAAGUCCAAGUGCUGUUGCGUUUACGUCAAGCCGCACAAGUUCGGCGAGAGCUCGAGUGACAGCGAGGAAGAAGAGUGCGAGCACUGCCGGGGCCACGUCGAGCGCAGGCAGAGGAAUAAAGAGCGCGCUGGUAGUGCCGUCGUGACGGCGACCUCUGAGACGAUGUCCGAUGGCGCCGUCGAAGACGCACCGCCUGCCUUGAGGCGCCACGUCGUCUGGGCCGCCGACACUGUGGACAACGAGAACAUGAACAAGCGCAAGUCCAAGUGCUGCUGCAUCUUCGAGAAGCAGCGCCAGUUUGGCGAUAGCUCGUCGGACAGCGAGGCGGACGACUGCACCCACUGCCGUGGACACAAGGAAGCCAGGUCAAAGAAGAGCGCCAACGAGGCCCCUCUGCUGCAGGGCCAGUUCAUGGCACAUAGUGACGCGUCCUAAGAAGUGUUCGUCGUCUUUAUAAACGAAACCUAAACCCGCUUCUGCCAAGUUGCUUUCUGUAGUCGAAAGAGAAUCGAGACGUGGACAUUCCUCCCAAAGACACACCCGCAUGACUGAUGCAUCCCCUCUGUGACGGCGCCUGGCGUUGAGAAAAAUAAAUUUAGAUCGCUUGUAUCAGCCAGAGUUGGGUGACAUGGGCAGUCGCAGGCACAACUGGUGCAGCGCUGUGGAGUGACAGCCCUUGCGAGCUGUGCCCCUUUAAACCCAAGAACUUUUGGCGAAUUGUUCUGGUGAAGUCACUUUAUUAAACCGCCGGUGGUGUCAAGCGUAGAAAAGUUCGCUGAGGUGACCGUGUGCAAAAGCCUGCUUUGCGUUUAUGGAUGCACCUCAAGCUUGCUCACUUUGUUAAACAGUGUGCCAUUUCUUAGACCAGUGCUGGGUGCUAUGCAUUCUACUUUCUUCAACAUUUUACCAUUUUGCACUGUUCUUGGGUUUUUGAUGAUGUUGCAGUGCGUAUUGUUUGCCCCUUGUCUGUGAUGAUUGUGUUAGUCUGUGAGCUGUGGUGUUUAGUGGCAGACUUAAUAUGAAUGAAGGAUGAAUCAUGCUAGAGUCUGCCGCCCACAAACAAGAUGACCAAUGUGUCGAAAGACAUAGUCGUGAGGCAAAAAAAAGCCUGUUUUGCCACAAACUGUCUGUACAAAUGUUCAAAUGUUACCAAUAAAGGAAUAACCAAAAAAA